AAAGGCCGCGGGGCGGGCGGCGGUGACGCGCGCGGAAGCCCCCGCGCAGCCUCGGAAGCCGCCGGUCAGCGGACGGCGGCGGCCACGGCCGGGCGCCCCAGCGGGAGCGGCCGAGGCGGCCCAUGAGUCGGGACGACAUGCCGCAGCCCGGAGCGUGGCGGGGCGCCGAGGCGGAGGCCGCGGCUCCGGGCCCCGAGGGCGCCGUGCUGGGCCCGCCGGAGCAGUGCUGCUUCUCAUCAGAGAGUUGAGUUCUGUCCUACCCAGGAUUGAGCAGAAAGAUUUGCACCUGAACUAUAAAGCAUCACAAAGCUGAGAUAUUUUUGAGGGAGGAGGACAUGUAUCGUGAUGCGGAUGAAAUAGAAAAGGAGAAAGAAUUACUAAUACAGGAAAGGGGGUCAUCAGAUCUCAGGUUGAGUAUCGCUCCUGAAAUGGAUAUCAUGGACUACUGCAAAAAAGAAUGGAGGGGAAAUACAGAUAAAGCAACAUGUAUGAAAAAGGGCUACGAGGAGGUGUCUCAAAAAUUCACCUCCAUCCGGCGAGUCCGAGGAGACAAUUAUUGUGCGCUGAGAGCCACACUCUUCCAAGCCAUGAGCCAUCCUUCGGACCCGCCCACGUGGCUGCAGGACCCGGAGCUCACGCUGUUACCAGAAAGACUCCUGAGCAGAUACAGCUGGAUCAAGCAGUGGAAACUCGGACUGAAAUUGGAAGGGGAGAGCGAGGACCUGGUUGAUAAAAUCAAGGAGUCCCUCUCUCUGCUAAAGAAGAAGUGGACAAGCUUGGCUGAACUGAGUGCUGUGGAAGCAAGGCAGACAGCUUGUGACGAACUGUUCACGAACGAAAUAGAGGAAUAUAAACUGUAUGAAGCUUUAAAAUUCCUAAUGCUCAACAGAGCCAUUGAACUCUUUGAAGACAAAGAGAAGGGAAAGGAAGUGCCGUUUUUCUCUGUGCUUCUGUUUGCUCGGGAUACGUCAAACAACCCUGAACAGCUGCUGAGGAACCAUCUGAACCACGUGGGUCACACUGGAGGCCUUGAACAGGUGGAGAUGUUCCUCCUCGCCUACGCCGUGCACCACAGCAUCCAGGUGUACCGCCUGUCCAAGCACAACACCGAGGAGUUUGUCACCGUCUACCCCACGGACCCGCCCGAGGACUGGCCCACCGUGACCCUGAUUGCCGAGGACGACCGGCACUACAACAUCCCCGUCAGGGUGUGCGAGGAGACGAGUCUGUGAGCGCUGCUUGGAAGGUUCCGUGGCCAGCGCGAUACUGAGCUUGCAGCUCCCUGCGGCUCGGAUGCGGUGGGAUGCGGGGCGCUCCAAGCACACCUGUCGCAAGAUGAAAAUUGCGGCUUCUCCAUGAAAUAAAUAGUUUUGUAUCGA